AUGGACUACAAUAUUCACAAAAUCUGUCGUGUUUGCCUGGAAGAAGGCGCACAAACCUCUAUAUAUAGCACCGAAUUCGCGAUGAUGCCCUCGGCUAUGAUGAUGAUGUGCGCAAAAAUACGAGUCUACAAGACGGAUGGGCUGCCCGCUGUGAUUUGUAAUAAUUGCAUUUACCGGCUGGGGGUUGCCUACCAUUUUAAGCAGGAAUGUGAAAACUCGGAUAUACGGCUGCGGCAGUAUCUGGGACUGCAUGAUAGAGGCUAUGGUAUCUGCGAUGCGGCAACCAAUACAGACUUUAUGGAAAUCAAGCCAACCAAAUUCAUUUGUGCCCAGACAAAUGCGCAUACCAGUGAGGAUGAGGAAGCUCAGGUGGUGCCAGCAAAGCGAAGUAAACGACGUUCCCGCUAUCAGCGCAAACCACCGGAACAGCACAAGAAGAAAGGACCGAAACCGGUAGCAAAAAUUCCACACACUUGUUACGAAUGCAACAAGAGUUUCAAGUGCACGGCUCAGCUUACUCAACACAUUCGCACGCAUACGGGUGAAAAACCCUAUACCUGUAGCUACUGUUCACAAAGUUUUGCGCAAAAGUACAACAAACAGGUGCACGAACGAACUCAUACCGGUGACAAGCCAUUUCAAUGUGAAAUCUGUUCGAAACAAUUCUCGGCACUGGGGAAUUUCCAGGCGCACCAGAAAAUACACUCUGGAGUGCGUGAUCAGAUCUGUCCUGUUUGCCAGAAGGGUUUCUAUACAGCGGGUGAUUUAUCGAAGCACAUGAUCACGCAUACAGGCAUAAAGAAUCAUCACUGUGAUGUGUGUGGCAAGAGAUUCAGUAGGAGAAGGGAUAUGAACACACACAAGCAGAAAUUGCACCCGCUGGAGACCUCAACAUCCAACGAUAUUGUGGACGACGAUGACGAUGAGGCAAUAGAUACGGAUCCAGUCGGAUUAGAUACGCUAGAGAGCUCACAUUUUAAGUGUCCAGAUUGUCCCGACAAGGUCUUCGAUACUGCCGAUAGCUUAAGUUUACAUUUUCGCACCCACGCCAUGAAUAAUAAUUUACUCAAUUUGCCACUGCCGGCGCCUCCUCCAAUGACACAUCAUUACCACCAUCCGGCAGCUCCUCCCCCACCAACGGCAGCAAUGCACCAUCACGAUGCACUACAUCAUUUGGGGCCACCGAAUGCAGCAACACAAAUGGGCAUGGCUGCCAUGGCGCAUAUGUUGGCGCCUCCACCACCGCCUCCUCCCACACCAAGCGAAACGCGCUACACGAUGUUGCAUCAUACAACAGCAGCUCAACGAUUGCACUUUUAAAACAAUAUCUAAGAGAAAUAGCAUUUGCAUUCCUUUAUUGGGCCAUCGUGCAAUUAGACAAACCAGUUUUGUCAUUACGUAGUUCCGUAUUCGGUAGAAUUCCUUUUUAACAUAACUUUAUAACGCAAGAGAUAAGCCCUUAAUUGUUUUAAGCAUCGCAAAAUGUACUUUACAUUUAGAAAAAUAAAUCAGUUACUAAUGCAAUACAAAUAAUUUUGUAAAACCAUCGUCAUAAUAGAUGUUACUAUUUAGUAAGUAGUUCGUAAAUUCAAAAAGCGAUUGCGCAUGCGUUCAGGUCGGCAACUUUUUAUCUAAAUUCA